AUGAAUUUGGUGACGAUCGCGGAGCAAUCUUCCCAAGGCAUAGCAGGUGCCGCCUUAUCUUUUCUUCCAGACACCGACGAGGACAAAGCACGAGCUCUAGAGACGAGCAAGACACCGUUUGGCUUACCAGCAACUUCAAAGAUUGAUGCAGAAGCAGUCAACAACGCGACCCAGCUCGCAGUGCCAAAGAUCGAAGUCACAACACCCACUUACAACAAAGCUGCCAUAGGACAGUAUGGCGUCAUCUCUGGCACACAGUCACCACAAGCCAGCACUGCGCCGCGUGUCCUACCCUCGCUUCUCCGCUACGUCGAUAACGACCUGAUGCAAAGCUCCGCCCUUCACAAUCAACCACCUCACCCAAUCUCUACAUGCGGCAUAUGCUUCAGUCGCUGGGACGCGCCCGUGAUCUCCACACAGUCCGGCCGCGACGCAACCACCUCAACCUUCCUCCCACUCUCGCCAUGCGGCCACUGGGUGCACUACCGCUGCUUCAUCUGGCUGGCCACCAUGAACGACGGCCGGCGCAACAAGUGCUGCACCUGCGACACGCGCCUCUUCGAAUGGGACGGCAUCACCGCCCUCACACUCGCGACGCGCACUGGACUCGAUCUCGACGACAACACGCGCGCAGGCUUCCGCCAUGAUAAGUUCGGCGCGUUCAAGGCGACCGAUCGGCGCGCGUAUGAAGUAGAGUGCGCGGUCAUUGACUCCACCAUCCAUGUGCAUUUCUUCGCCAUGCUGGCCAAACCGUCGAAGUAUGCGGACCAUUCGCCGGAUUUGGUACAGUGCUUCUACAAUAUCUUGGAGGCGCUGAAGGACAUGGGGAAGCCUGCGGCGCGGUGGCUGCAGUUUAGCACGCAAACGGGGUAUUUGCUUUGGGGCAUGUUGGUGGCGCUGAAGAUGAGGCGGUAUUUGACGGAGGGUCAUGGGAUUAUCACGACGACGGAGGCGUGGAAGGAGUUUGAGGAGGGGAGGAGGGUGCUGCAGGGAAGGAUAUCGAGUGAGGUGCAUGGGGCUUUGAUGAAGGAGGAGGGAUAA